GGAACCAUUCUUUCGGUCGCAAAGCAGGAGGUCAAUAAUUAUGACGGACAACAUGGUGGCUAAACGUUGCUAAUGCUAAACAAGCCAAACAAAUGUGUUUAAUUAACCCGUUAUUUAUUGUUUUUUUCAUAUUGGAAUGAUCACACCAAGAAGAGAAAAAGUAACAGCAAUUUUCGGUGUUUAUUUAAACAUAUUCAGUGACGUGCAAGUCAAAAUAACCUGACAACGGACAUAAACGUAGUGAAUCGCUGGUUGUCUGUUGCUUUUCAGUUAGAGUCGUUGAAACACGUUAGUACGCUGGUUAAAACUUAACUAUGUGGGGUGAAAUCGAUCCUCCAGUUAGAACACAACCGAGUGUGUGUGAGACUGAAGACAAGCCUGAAUUACCAGAAGAAGCGGCGACAAUUCCCCAGAAAUAUGACUUUGUCCGGCCAACCGUCUCCCAGCAGCCGCGGCCAGAACCCCAGAGCGUGAGCCAGGCUGAGACCAGCUGUAUCAAUGACAUGGUAGAGGCCAUAGCAAAGAGUGGGAGCCCUGUGAAGAGCCAGCAGAUUGGAGAGGCUGAGCUGACCUUAGAGGAGCGCAGAGAGGAGCUGCUGGAUCAGUACAGGAGCAGACCUCUGGUGUUCCUGGAGAGGUACCAUGCCUGCCUCAAGCCCCAGAACCUUUCAGCGUUUGCCCACGUCUGCUCAGAUCCACGAGUUAUUCACUACAGCAAAGUGAUACAGAGACGAGCUGCAGCAUGCACCAACAGGACAAGGGUUCGAAACCAGCGCUACGCUGCCCUCAGGGCCCUGCAGAGGGAGGGUGAAUAUUUCAGUGAGGAACAGAUGCGGAUGAGGCAGCCGCUGCUGUAUGAACAGUACGUUGGACAGUACCUCACUGAUGAGGAGGUGCUGGAGCGCUCCCAGGACGCCAUGCUGGACGAUACACAGGGGGGACCAGGAGCACCAGCAGGAGGCUCAGGAGGGCUCGCCCACCUCCUCCUCAACUCCUACCAGGAGCGUCUCAUCCAGCAUCGCCUGCAGGAGGAGCAGGAGAGGGAGGACGGAGCGCAGGAGGAGGAAGAGGAUGAUGACGAUGAUGACAAUGCUGCCCGGCAGAAGGACUGGGCGCCCAGCGCAGAGGAGAAGGCUCUGCUCCGGGAGGAGUUCAUCAGUCAGAUGCACCAGCGCUUCCUAGAUGGUAAAGACAAGGAUUUCAACUACAGCGAGGUGGACGAGAACCCAGACUACGACAACUUGGACAUAGUGAGCAGAGAUGCGGAGGAUAAAUACUUUGAUGAAGAUGAUGAUGAAGAGGAGGAGGAGGAAGAUAUGACAGAAUAGUAGUAACAACUGUUUAACACUGCUUUGAUUAAACUGUAAAUACAAAUGUACAACAUAAGGAUAUGUAUUCUAUUUUUUUUUUUUAUGUUGCACAAACAUAGCUGGUAAUAAAUAUUGAGUCUUUUGUAAAUAUAAAUACAGUGCCCUUCAAACUAAAAGAUUCCAUAUUUGUUGCCUUUAAUAACCUGUUGAGUGAUUUUCUAUUCACCGAGUUUACGUUCUGCACAAAUAAAAUUUCAGUUUCAAUACACAGAAA